AUGGGUAGACGGAAAAUUGAUAUUCAACCUAUCACAGAAGAUAGAAAUAGAACAGUAACUUUUAUUAAGAGAAAAGCUGGUUUAUUUAAGAAAGCUCAUGAAUUAUCCGUAUUAUGUCAAGCUGAAGUUUCUUUAAUUAUAUUAGGUGCAAAUAAUACAUUUUAUGAAUAUUCUUCUGUUGCUGUUGAUGAUUUAAUGAAAUAUUAUAAUGAUGAUAAAUCAUUAAGACAUGUUAUUAAACAUCCUUCAGAUUUCGGCGACUUUAAACAAAGAGAAUUUGUUACUUUAAAUAAAAACAUUAGAAGAAGAAAUUAUGCAAAGAAAAAUGUCACAACUGUUACUACUACUGAGAAACAGAAUACAGAUGAUAAAGAUGCCAUUAAAAAUAAAGAAGUUGAAAAUAUUGAUUCUGAUAACCAACGUCCAGCAAAGAGACCAAGAUUGGAUGAAAAUGAGCAUACAAUUGCCCCAGUUUCGCCUCAUAGUACAAUAAGUUUACCUGAGACCAGAACUUUAUCUGCUGAUCAUACCCAUAUACCCCCAACUUUACCUCACAUUGAUGGUAUACAUAACUUUCACGCAUCUCAUACUGAUAGUGUGCCAUUAAAACAUGAAAACACUUCUAACACUAAUACUAAUAUUCCCCAACCACAAAGACGUUCCAUCACACCACCUCUCAUAGAAAAAAGUGUUGCAUCAUCUAAUAGAUCUACUCCACCAUCAUCUGUAGUAGAUACGUUACCUACUUUAAAAUUUAAUCAAAUGGUACCACAACAACCCAUGUACUCGAAUGGAUUAACUUCAACAGUUCCUCCAACAGGUUACGCUCCAUCUCCGGUUCAACAUUUACCUAUGACAUCUCCUAUGCCUCAUCAAGUCUCUGUAGGUUUUCCACAGAGGGUAUUACCUUACACAACCAAUCAACGGUAUUUACAACCUGUACCAGCAGGAACUUUACAAAGACAUAACCUAAGUGAUUCUAAUAUCACAUCAACAUUGCCAAUGACAGCUUCUCAUGAGUGGUAUCAAGCCGGUACUGCACCAUUAUCUGGCGUAGCUGCAGCAGUACCUAUCUACGUUACGGCAUCAGGUCCAAUGUAUCAAACAGAAUAUCCAAGAUUACAAGCAUAUCCACAAUCAAUUGCUGUGGGGCCUCCCCAUAUAGAGACCAAUAUGGCUGUACCUGAGAAAAGAUAUUUACCACCGACGCCAACAUCAUUCGAUAGAAUCGUUUUACCUAGUGUCAGACGACCAAGUAGUGCAUCUUCAACCACAAUUCAUACCACUGGUAAUGCAGAUAUAAGCCAUCACCAGUUCCAUCAAUCUCCAAAGUCACAGAUUUCCGUAAAUACAGAGACUGAAAAGGUAUGA